AUGGCCAGAGACAAUGGUUCUCCUCCUCUCAGCAGCAACAUACUGUAUCCAGCACCAGAGGGCAGCUCCUUCAUGACUGAGCUGGUCCCUAAAGCUGCACAUGGAGGGUCUCUGGUGUCCAAAGUGAUAGCAGUGGACGCAGACUCUGGACAGAACGCCUGGCUGUCCUAUCAUAUAGUCAAAGCCACAGAUCCUGGACUUUUCAGUAUUGAUCUACACAGCGGAGAAAUCAGGACCCAGCGGGACAUUUUAAAAUCUGACAGCAUGAAACAGAACCUGAUUGUUGCAGUGAAAGAUAAUGGACAGCCCUCUCUGUCUGCCACCUGUUCAAUGUAUUUACUGAUUUCUGAUAACUUGGCUGAAGUGCCAGAACUGAAAGACAUUUCUUAUGAGGAGAAGAACUCCAAGCUGACCUCUUAUCUGAUCAUUGCUCUGGUUUCUGUGUCGACAUUUUUUCUGACCUUCAUCAUCAUCAUCCUGGGUGUGAGGUUUUGUCGCAGAAGAAAACCCAGACUGUUGUUUGAUGGCGCGGUGGCCAUCCCAGGAGCUUAUCUUCCUCCUAAUUAUGCAGAUGUUGACGGUACAGGAACUUUACGCAGCACCUACAAUUAUGAUGCCUACCUGACAACAGGAUCCAGAACCAGUGACUUUAAGUUUGUAUCAUCUUACAAUGACAACACGCUGCCUGCUGAUCAGACUCCCGAGAAAAUCCCGACAGAAUUCGCUGAUCCCUUUGAAGGACUGACCACACCUGAAGAGGCCCGUGUGGACAUCGAAGGGGCCCGUAAGCAUUUUUUUGACAUUAGAAUGAACUCCGGGGAUUUAGUCACAUCGGAUAGAAUUGACAGAGAAAGCCUUUGUGAGAAAAAGCCCUCGUGUAUCAUGAAAAUCGACCUGGUAUUAGAAAAUCCUUUAGAGCUUCAUCGUAUCACUCUUCGUGUCGAAGAUGUGAAUGAUAACUCCCCCAAAUUUAGAGAAAACUUGAUUGAAAUGGAAAUAAGAGAAUCGGCAGAGAAAGGCAACCGCUUUUCUAUCGAGGAAGCCCACGACGCAGAUAUAGGCCAAAAUGAUGUACAAAGGUACAUCUUGCAGAACAAUGAUAAUUUUGCUGUCGCUGUUGACAGCAAUAAGGUUGAAUUAGUCCUUGAGAAAAAGCUUGAUCGCGAGAAACAAAGGGAUGUUAGUUUGCUUCUAACAGCCAUAGAUGGCGGAUCUCCGCAGAAAUCAGGGACUGUAGUCAUACAUGUUACAGUGCUGGAUGCUAAUGAUAACGCCCCAGUGUUUACUCAGGCUGUUUAUAAGGCAAGUGUGCCUGAAAACGCGCCGCCAGAAACACUGGUUAUUACUGUUAGUGCUACUGAUGCUGAUGAGGGAGUGAACGGAGACAUACUGUAUCCAGCACCAGAGGGCAGCUCCUUCAUGACUGAGCUGGUCCCUAAAGCUGCACAUGGAGGGUCUCUGGUGUCCAAAGUGAUAGCAGUGGACGCAGACUCUGGACAGAACGCCUGGCUGUCCUAUCAUAUAGUCAAAGCCACAGAUCCUGGACUUUUCAGAAUUGAUCCUUACAGUGGAGAAAUCAGGACACAGCGGGACAUUUCAGAAUCUGACAGCAUGAAACAGAACCUGAUUGUUGCAGUGAAAGAUAAUGGACAGCCCUCUCUGUCUGCCACCUGUUCAAUGUAUUUACUGAUUUCUGAUAACUUGGCUGAAGUGCCAGAACUGAAAGACAUUUCUUAUGAGGAGAAAAACUCCAAACUGACCUCUUAUCUGAUCAUUGCCCUGGUUUCUGUUACCACCUUCUUUCUGACCUUCAUCAUCAUCAUCCUUGGUGUGAGAUUUUGUCGCAGAAGAAAACCCAGACUGUUGUUUGAUGGAGCAGUAGCCAUUCCAGGAGCUCUUCCUCCUAAUUAUGCAGAUGUUGACGGAACAGGAACUUACGCAGCACCUACAAUUAUGAUGCCUACCUGA